AUGGUUUUCCAACGCUGGGAUGAUCUGAGUGCUAAGCCUCAACCAAAAACAAAAAUCUUACCGUGGGAUGGAGACAACUGCAUGGAUGCUAGUCCCGGAGAAUGUGAGGAGAAGCCCAUCAAGAUUCAGCAGAGUCGAAAACGAGAUGCAAAAGGAGAUGUCGAUCAGAAAAAUCCAUCGAAGAAAAAGCGUGGCAACGAAGACGUUGAUGAAGCAGCUAAAAGAAGGGAGUGGCUCCGUGGAAAAGCAAAGGAAGCCGUCAUCCCUGAAGAGAAGGCAGCACAACUGAAACCCGAGUAUCUCUUCAAAGAGACGGGUCCACUUGUCAUCUACCUAUGCCAUGCAUGCAGGAUCUACAACUCCAAGAGACCAAUGAAUCAACUCGGUGAUGGGAUGGCCGAACUUCCACUCGGUAUGUGCACAGUGUGCCGUCAUUUCCUCAUCCAACAACACACAAUGAAAUUCUACCACCACGACUUGCCAUCUCUCAAAAAGAAAGAACUGUUAUAA